UGUUAUAGUAGAAUGUUCAGAGGUUACUUCUGUAACCCGUAUGCUCAACGUUUAAGAAAAACAUUGCUGUGGCCCUACUGGUUUCAGACGAUAUUUGCGGAAACAAGGGUAAUAGUGUAGAUUAAGAAGUAUCCAUCAUGGAAGAAGUUGAAGUGAACGAAAGCGAGGAUGUAGAGGACGAAGAAAAUGGCUCAGAGAAUGAAGAAGUAAAAAAUACUGUAUUGGAGACCGAUGCAGUAGAUGCUUCACUGAAUGAGAAAGUACCCAAUGAAGAAAUCACUUCUCUUAGAAAUGAAAUUGAACAAAUGAAAAGACAAUUUCUAGAAACACAACAAAUAGUAAAGGAUUUAUCAGCGAAACAAGACAAAAUGUUGGAAAGUAAAUUCCAAGAAUUAACUGAUCAAAUAAACAACUUGCAAUCAUCACUGACGAAUCAGAUUGAUAACAUUCAGGAGCAAGCCAAUGACAUCGAAAGCGGACUUGGUAUUCUCACAGAACGAGUGAACAUCGGGGGAGGAGGUACACAACAAGAUUAUGUUGGACUCGAUGAACUGUACAAGAAAUUUGACCAAAUAAAUUGUGACCUGGAAAUGUUAUCUAAUACAUCUGCUAAAUUGAUGCAAGAUGCAGAUCAAAAGAAUAAUCUACUGGAAGUACGUUUCCCUAUAUCAGAUAGGGAAGAAAUGGAUGAGGCGCUACACGAUAAAGCCGAUGCAACGGUAGUCAAAAGGAAAGUAUCACAUGAACAGUUCGAAAAUGCCCUAGAGCAUUUGUCUCUUGCGUUACAUGAAGCUGUAAAAAAACUCACUGAACAAGAAGCGAUAUGGCACGAAGCAUUGGAUGAAUUUCAAAGUGAAAUCGCAAUGAAAUUGGAUAAAAGGGAAAUGGCUCCACUGAAAGAAUUUAUCAAUAAGAAAUUAAAAAUGUUACACAAAAAGCUAAAAGAACUUUCAAACAUUAGAAGACAAGCAGAAGCAGCAGUAGGAAAGAAGGAUCUUAUGAAGGAUGUCACUUGCGUGUCAUGUGAUUUAGAUGCAGUAAUGCCGAGGAAUCUGGAAGGUAAUGUUCCUGUACCUCCGGCAGCAACUGCGCAUCGCAAUCUCAAACCAUAUCUCACUUACGAGUUGGAUAUGAUUAGGAAGGAAAAUAGAAGGUUACCACCAAAAAAUGUACUUCGCCUGGAAGAAGCGCUUUCAAGCCAAAGAGCGAAAACUCGGGUUAAUGAAGGGAAACCUGGUAUAUCAAAAGGGGAUCACUUAUGUCAACGCUAUUGUGGUGGUAGUCAUACAACCACAUUGCCGCAUCAGCGAGUUACAAGAGUAGGUAACUUUGUAACGUGUGCAGGAGGAGGACUUGAAGUUUUUCGACUAUUUCCGGAAAGGGGUCCCGGCGCAAAACAAGAUUUGUCCAGAAAAACAAGCAACAGCGAUGCUCAAAAGAAUGCCAAGCACACAAAAGGGAACAAAAAGUGAGGGUUAUUUUACGUGUUAAUUCCAUUUGAUUGCACAACUUUUAUUUCACAUAUAGGUAUCAAAUGUUAAAAUAAAGCAUUAUAUCACGCUGAGAGUUGUUUGUUGACCACUAUUAUUCAAAUGAAGAUAAUUCAUUUCAAUAAACUUCCAGUUGGCUGUGUUGGAGAGUGUACUGUAUUAAUAGUUUUGUGUUGCAAAGGGUGUGUGAAGUAUAGAAAUGACGUCAAAGAACUUACAACUUUCACAUCAUUAGUGUACAAGUGAAACUCACACUAAGUUUAAACACUGUGGCGAAAUAAAUCAACUUAAAGAAGAAGCCAUUCUUUCAAGCGUCGCUUGUUUGGCGAUGGAAGAGAUGUGAAGAAAAACGUUGUAGUGGAUUUUGAUCAAUUGUUUUUUACAAUUGCAUUAAUUUAUUAUAGGAAAUAUGUCAAUAUAACUCGUUUAAGAAAUGUACAUGAUCUUUUAAAGAUUGAUUUUUUUAACAGAUUUCAUUUAAAACAAUAUAUUAUUCUUCAACAUUGUACUUUUUCAACGUUUACUUUUUGCAAUUUUCGAAAAUACAGGUCGCCGGGUAUGAGGCUAGCACCAAUUUUUUAUUCCGAGGUCUUUUACGAGGAGUCAAUUUCGACGAGAUAAUACAAUGAGAAAAUUUGAAGGAAAAAAUUGGACCGAAUUUUGAGAAAAAAUGUUAAAAAAAUUGCCUUCAUUUCACGCAAAAUUUCGUAAAAACAACUCAUAAUAAAAUAUUUUAUUUUGCUUAUAUUGUAAGAAAAUAUUGUAAGUAAGAAAACCAAGUUUCCCACCUCGAAAUACUUUGGGACACGUUUUGGUAGGCAAAAAACCAACACUAAUCAGAGCGGAUGAAAACCGUGUAGGAAUGGUGUCGGAAAAUAACACGCAUUGCUAACGAGAAUUUGGUCACAUAAAACGCUUGGUACCACAUUUCCUGACAAAAUAAAUUGUGCAGGGCGAUAAGAAGAAGAAGAAGAAAAGGAGGAGAAGGAGGAGGAAAUCAAAGGGAUUUCGCCAGCCACUAAUGCCAAUGAGGCCAUGCAGUUCAUGUCUUUGACUUGAAGGCAGUUUUAAUGAAUGCUACUUUCUUAUUGAUGAUUUGAUGAGCGAAUACAGAUUACCAUUCCAGUAGCGGCACAGAAUUACCGUGCCUCCUUCAAAAGUACGGACAUAAUGAUAACAGAGAACUAACAGAACAUCUGUUGUAUAUUUUCGAAAUGUUGAGUACAAAAUAUUAAAUAACUUCUGGUAUCGAAACAAGAAAUAUAACAUCACAGUUGCGUGCGCCAGUGUGUUUAAAACAGUAGCCGGCUUAUUCACAGGCGUAUCAAGUAACGGAAUUUAGAUUUAGAUUU